GAUAAGAAUAUUAGCGUCGUCGGCUCAGUCGAUAGAAGCGCGCUUUGUCGAAUGUACGUACUACACGAUGUACCAGUCUCUCUCUGACGUCAUAGUGCACAAAUAGACGAAUGUGUUUCUAUUGUAGUGUUACAUGUUGCACAACAUGGGUGUUCCCAUGGUAAACAAAUGUUGCUACUGCGUCAGUCUGCACACGGGAACGCUAAUCAUUGCUUAUACGUAUACAGUAUGGGCGCUCCUGGAGCUGACAGCGUACUGUUUGCUGGUGACGCUAGCGCCGCUGGGCCGAGAGGGCGCCAUCUCCGCGAAUAAACAUGCCCUCUAUGUCACCGCGGCGGCCGUCAGCGGCGUGCACCUCCUCUGCUCCUUGCUGCUCAUCAUAGCAGCGUAUAAGAAGUUGGCGUCGCUUACGUUACCGUGGACGAUCGUGACGGGCAUCCUCACUGCGAUUUUCUUCGUGAUGUGUCUGACUGGCAUCAGCCUCAUCCUGCAGGACUCCGGGGAGAUGCUGGGUGUCGAGGCCGUCAUCAUCUUCGUGCAUCUCAUGAGAGCUUGUGUGUCGGUGUACUGCAUAGUGAUAGUGCAUAGCCGGCACAAGCAGAUCAUGUACGAGGAGGACGAGCAGAGAUUCCAGCACUCGGCGCGCCUCUACAAGGCAGUGAACACCUCCGAACCUGCUGCGUGAAGCGGUGGAGAGGUCGUGAUGUGAAUGCUGGCGCAAAGAGAAAUGCCAAGAUCUCACUGUAUUCAAUGCAUUAGAACUAAAUAUUAUACUGUUGUGUUUCAUCAGACUAGUGAAGUGUC